GCGGGGAGGGUCGUAGAGGAGGGGGAGGGGGAGGGGAGGGGAGGGAGGGCUGCGGAGUUGAGGGGAGAGACCCCCUCCCUCCCACUUCCCCCGGCAGCAACGGGGCUUCGGCACCUGAUCUCCCUCAGGCAGCAUGGAUUAGGCGCCUGCUGUGUGCCGGCCCCAAGUGCUGCAACCCGGCGGAGCCCUCGGAGGCCUCUUGGUGUGUGGCACUUCAGAGAUGGACGCGCCAAUGGACGAAGACGUUCCUGUGCAGGAAGAGUUUCUGGCCUGCCGCGGAGCCGAGACCCAAGUCCUGAAGUUUGGGCCGUGGACCGACCUCUUGCGCCCCGGCUCUCAGGGCAGCCCCAAGCUGCUUGUCCUCGUCGUUGCAGGUAACCCCGGCAUCCCCGCCUUCUACCUGUCCUUUGCCAAGGCUCUCUACCUGACCCUGGACAAGCACCACCCAGUGUGGGUCGUCAGCCAUGCUGGCCACGUGAUGGCCCCCAGGGGUGUCGAGGUGACCGAGGAGAGCCCCGAAGACCCUGGUCCUGGGACAACGGAUGAUGUCUUCGGGCUGGAGGGCCAAGUGGAGCACAAGCUCGCCUUCCUGAGGCGCUACGUGCCGGGGUCCCUGAAGCUGGUGCUCAUCGGCCACUCCAUCGGCGCAUACAUCCUGCUGGAGAUGAUGAAGCGAGCCCCGCAGCUCCCGGUUCUCCGGGCCUUCUUGCUGUUCCCGACAAUCGAGAGAAUGGCCAAGUCCCCCAACGGCAGGGUGGUGACGCCGCUGCUCUGCUGGCUUCGCUAUGCCCUCUACGUGCCACUCUUCAUUGGGCUCAGCCUGGUGCCAGUGAGAUUCAAGGCCAUGCUGGCCAGCAUGUUUCUUCAAAACGUAGACAUGGAGAACUCGGUCCUCGCACGGCUGAUGAAUUCACUUAACAUGAGCUGCGUCGCGAACGCCAUGUACCUGGGCAGCCAAGAGAUGAGGACCGUCUUGGAGAGAGACAACCCGACCAUCCAGAAGCACCUGAAGAAGCUGACCUUCUACUACGGAGCCUCCGACCUGUGGUGCCCCGUCCAGUACUAUGAAGAUAUUAAGAAGGACUUUCCCAGCGGAGACAUCAGGCUGUGCCAGAAGGGCAUCCACCACGCCUUCGUCACCUCGCUCAGCUCCAGCCAGGAGAUGGCCGCCAUGAUUAGGGACUGGCUCCAAGGCGAGCUGUCCGAACUCUAGCCCGGACGGACGGACGGACGGACGGACGGACAGACGGACCAGCGGGCUUGGCGGCCAUCUCCUUGGGUGACUUUAUCGGGAAAGGAGCAACAUGAGGAAAGGGCGUUCGGAAGGGCGGCCCCCCCCGUGGGAGAGCCGUGGAGGCCGGCGCGCCCAGGAGUCUCGCCGACCCCGGCCUCGCCGCCUCCACGAGCUUCCCCCCGGGUCUCAGGGAGCCCCCAUCCGAGCCGAGGCCACAGACGCAGCGCCAUUCACGGAGGGCGGAAAUCAUUCUUAGGGUCCCGAGUUCGAAAUAGACCGGUGUGCGCCCCGAGCACAGGGGGCCACCUGCAGCAGCAUCCUCCGGGGGCGGCAGAAAUGGCCGCCCACAGAAGCGCUGGGCACACGGAGGGAAUAAACUCUCCCUUUUUGCC